UCCAUGACAGUUCACAUUUGGAAAACCUCCCCUCUAAACCUCCAAGUCCCCGGAUAAACCCCAGCUCCUCCACAACAACACUCAAGCAUGUUCUUCUACCCUUGACAAAGCUAAUAACACUCCAACGAUUCUCCUCAAAUUUCCAUGUCUUCAACAAUUCUCAUCCCCAAUCUCCAAACAAAACUCUUCUUCAAACCCCUAUCCCCAUCCCCAUCACCAUGCCGUCGCAAAAAGUUCAAAUCUUCCCGCCCCAGACCCUUAUUCAUAGCUUCUGCUUCUGGGAAUCCAAAUGGGUUUUCCUGGGAAAGGCUUUCGAGCUCCAUUCGUCUCGGUUCGGAGCGAUUUCUGACCAAAUUUGGCGAGGCAGUGAUGAAGGAGACUGGCAUUGAUUCUGGGGAUGCACAGAAGUUCAUUUCUCGAGUUUCGAGCCAGGUUGAGGAUACUGCGAGUAACUUUGAAGCUGGGUUCCAUCGUUUUAGGUUUCAAUUGGUUCCUGAAUUCUUCAAUUGGAACAAAUGGGAUAAUUGGAAAGACGUAAAAAAUUGGGAACCUAAACGCCUUGGUGUCUUGUUUCUCUAUUUGAUUGCUAUUGUCGUUUCUUCUCGAAAAAUUUACACUGGUCUUCAAGCUCCUCGCAUUGCGCAUGAGAAGAAAGAGUUGAUGGAAGCGUAUAUGGAGGCAUUGAUUCCUGAUCCAACAUCAAGUAAUAUCAGGAGGUUGAAGAAAGGCAUGUGGAGAAAAACAAUGCCUAAAGGACUAAAAAUGAAGAAGUUUGUUGAAGGACCCAAUGGGACUCUAAUUCAUGAUAGUUCAUAUGUUGGAGAAGAUGCUUGGGAUGAAGAUAUAAAUCACCCUCUGGAAAAUGUGAAAGGAAUUAUCAACAAUGAUACAAGUUUAAGUGCAGAAGAGAAGAGAGCAGUUCAAAGUGAGAUUGGGGUUUCAGCUCAAAAGCAAGUGCUUACAGGAUCAUGGCGAGAAAGGCUUAAGGAAUGGACGGAAAUUCUGGAAAAGGAGAAGUUGGCAGAGCAAAUAAGCCCUUUAAAUGUAAAAUAUUCAGUUGAAUUUGACAUGGAUGAAGUUGAAGACAGUCUUCGAAAAGAUGUUUUAGAAAAGGCAUCAGAUGCAAAAGGAGCUAGGGCUUCAUGGAUAUCUAAGCGUUGGUGGCGGUAUCGACCCAAACUACCAUAUACUUACUUUCUUGACAAGCUCAAUAGCUCAGAGGUUGCUGCUGCUGUCUUCACCGAAGAUCUGAAGAGGUUGUAUGUGACAAUGAAGGAAGGUUUCCCGUUGGAGUACGUUGUUGAUAUCCCUCUAGAUCCAUACUUGUUUGAGACUAUUACAAAUUCCGGGGUUGAGGUGGAUCUUCUUCAGAAACGGCAAAUCCAUUAUUUUAUGAAAGUUUUGAUUGCAUUAUUACCUGGAAUUCUGGUUUUGUGGUUUAUGCGAGAGUCCUUGAUGCUACUGCACAUAGCUUCAAGCCGCUUUCUUUAUAAGAAGUAUAACCAACUGUUUGACAUGGCAUACGCAGAGAACUUUAUUUUGCCUGUUGGUGAAGAUGUUGAAACGAAGGCAAUGUACAAAGAAGUAAUAUUAGGGGGUGACGUUUGGGAUCUUCUUGAUGAAAUAAUGGUAUACAUGAGAAACCCUAUGCAGUUCUUUGAAAGGGAGGUGCAGUUUGUGAGGGGUAUUCUUCUUUCAGGACCUCCAGGUACUGGAAAAACACUAUUUGCAAGAACACUUUCAAAGGAAAGUGGUUUGCCUUUUGUGUUUGCUUCAGGGGCAGAGUUUACUGAUAGUGAGAAAAGUGGUGCAGCAAGGAUCAACGAAAUAUUUUCAAUAGCACGGAGAAAUGCUCCGUCAUUUGUUUUCAUCGAUGAAAUUGAUGCCAUAGCGGGAAGGCAUGCUAGAAAUGAUCCUCGAAGAAGAGCAACAUUCGAGGCCUUAAUUUCUCAGCUGGAUGGAGACAAAGUGAAGACUGGGGUUGACCGGUUCUCGCUUAGACAAGCAGUGAUUUUCAUCUGUGCGACUAAUAGACCAGAUGAAUUAGACAUAGAAUUUGUCCGUGCAGGACGUAUAGACCGUCGUUUGUACAUCGGAUUGCCUGAUGCAAAGCAGCGAGUGCAAAUUUUCGGGGUGCAUAGUACAGGGAAGCAGCUGGCUGAAGAUGUUGAUUUUGGAAAGCUUGUGUUUCGCACUGUUGGCUAUUCCGGGGCUGAUAUCCGCAAUCUUGUCAAUGAAGCAGGAAUAAUGUCUGUGAGGAAAGGGCAUUCUAUGAUUUGCCAACAAGACGUUGUUGAUGUCCUGGACAAGCAAUUGCUCGAGGGUAUGGGUGUGCUGCUAACCGAGGAGGAGCAGCAAAAAUGUGAACAGAGUGUAUCUCCUGAAAAGAAGAGUCUACUAGCCGUGCAUGAAGCUGGUCAUAUAGUGUUAGCUCAUCUAUUUCCAAGAUUCGAUUGGCACGCUUUUUCUCAGCUGCUGCCUGGUGGUAAGGAAACAGCCAUAUCUGUCUUUUAUCCAAGGGAAGAUAUGGUGGACCAAGGAUAUACAACCUUUGGUUAUAUGAUGAUGCAAAUGAUUGUGGCUCAUGGGGGCCGCUGUGCUGAACGUAUUGUAUAUGGUGAUGACGUAACUGAUGGAGGAAAAGACGAUCUAGAAAAGAUCACAAAGAUUGCUAGGGAGAUGGUCAUUAGCCCGAGAAAUUCUAGGUUGGGACUAACAGCAUUAACAAAAAAAAUUGGGCUUAUGGACCAACCAGACAGUCCAGAUGGUGAAUUGUUAAAAUACAAGUGGGAUGAUCCACAUGUGAUUCCUGCAGAGAUGACGAUUGAAGUAUCCGAACUCUUCACUCGAGAAUUGACAAGGUAUAUUGAAGAAACUGAAGAACUGGCAAUCAAGGGUUUGAAGGAGAAUAGACAUAUACUUGAUGCAAUUUCCAGGGAGCUGCUGGAAAAAUCUAGGAUCACUGGACUGGAUGUUGAGGAUAGAAUGAAAGGACUCUCUCCAAUAAUGUUUGAAGAUUUUGUACAACCAUUCCAAAUUGAUUUAGAUGAGGAUGGUCCCGUGCCUCAUAAUGAGCGGUUACGUUACCAACCACUGGACAUAUACCCUGCACCACUUCACAGGAGUUAAGGCCCGCCAAGUUCAUGUGAUGUUGAUCAUUUCGCAUCACUUGAUGUACUGCAAGUGGUGAGACGGACAAACUCAAUUUUUUCCUGGACUCUCAUCAGGAUGACAAGUCUCAUCAAAUGCUGGAUAUAGAGCUCGACAUCACUUUUUAAGGAUGCGUUUGGCAGCAACUUAUCGAAGCAAAUGCAAACAUGGACCCGGCCUGCUACAAAUCAAGAUACAAAAAUCAGGGUAUUUUCGUGAGUCUCGUGGCCAUUUCAUUUUAUACCUCGAUUAUUAGGGUUUGCCCACAAAACAGGUUUAUCAUGAUUCAUAGUGUAUCAUUGUAGAUGUUUAGGUAAUUUGUUGGAGCAGGAGAGACUGAGAGUAUAUAUUUAUGAGCCUCAUCUAUAGCCUGUAAAUUUGUUGAUUAUAUACUGGAAUUCUUCUUUUACAAGAAUAUUGUCUACAAUAAAAAAAAAAAAAAAAUGGAAGGGAGCUACAAAUGAAAUAGCAGUUGCACUUUUCUA